GAUAACUUCGCGUCAGAUUACCAAGGCUGUGUCUGCUUUGAGAGAACGAAACAAUUUGCGACCGUCUGUGCUAGAAAUAUGAAUGACGAAACCCACUGUGAGGGUAGCCUUGGAGAAGAAGAUCAGCGUAAAGAUCAAGAUCUAAGCGAAGCUUUGAAUCAAAUAGAAGAAGCCUGCAAGGUAUUUAAGCGAGAGGCAGAGAAACUUCGCCAGGAGCGGGAAGUAGUCGACGCACUGUCUAAGAAAGUGGAGAACUUUCACUUUCCUUCGACAGUGAAACUCAAUGUGGGUGGACACAUCUUCGAAACAAGUCUUCAAACGCUGACCAAGGGCGCUCCAAACUCAAUGCUUGCCGCCAUGUUUUCAGGGAAAUUUGACCUGAAACCUGCAGAAGACGGCGCUUUCUUCAUCGACCGUGAUGGCACCCACUUCCGGUUUAUUCUCAAUUUUCUUCGCACUGGGACAUUAACUUUACCAGAAGAUGCAACAGUUUUUGAGGAAGUCAUGAAAGAAGCCAAUUUUUAUCAGAUCCAGGAAUUAGUUGACGCGCUUGAACGUCCAUAUGAUCCGACGCAGUCUCCUAUACUUGGUUUGAAAGUAGCCGAGCUAUUUGGAGAGUCGAUGAUUGUAAUAACUGAAGAGCAUCGAAAUGCCCUAAGGGGGUUUCUCCCUUCAGGAUGCGAAAACUGGCACCUUCUAUUCCGAGCCUCUCGCCAUGGUUUUAAGGCGCAAAACUUUCACUCCAGGUGCGAUAAUAAAGGACCCACGGUCACAAUUGUACAGAGUGGAGACUACAUUUUUGGAGGCUUCAUGGAAAUAUCAUGGGCUUCCGGUCCAGGUAAGGUGACACAUGAUUAUUAAAUUGUGGUGCAUUGUUUUCAAGGCCUUUCUCUUGCAUGUAGUUCCCCUAAUUAUUUUCCUGCAAGGAAUAUGUAUCAAGGGAAAAUAACCCAGUAUAAGAGCUAACAUCAUGAGCAAAAUAAGGUAGCAACAUGAUGCAAUUUAUAAGGAGCAAUAUUCUUAUGAUAGACAAAAAAAUAAAGAAAAUAGUUAUUUACUCGGUUGACAGGAUACUAUGAUAAAUAUGGCAUGUUGUACUUUGUGAAACGAAAGAAAUCAAUCGGAAUAGUCGGAACGAACUAUUUCAAUAAAUGCAGAAAAAAAUCAAGGCGAAAACUAUCCUUGACACAGUCUAUUUGUAUAUAUCAGGCAUUUAUAUGAUGUGUCAUUUCGUUCACAGUUACGACUUUUGUGAAGAGCACACAAUCAUUCCUGUUCAGUUUGGUCAACCCUAGUGGUGUAGGACCGACUAAAAUGCCCCUCAUGAGUCAAAACCAAAAAUCUGGCAUGGUCGGUCAUAGUGGAUAUGGACCCACGUUUGGCAUCAAGGGUUCUUUGUUCUUUUCUAUCUCCAGAGAUCUAUUCAUCUCAAAUGAUGCAAACACAAACACAGAAAGCCACAGUGAACUCGGCACCUCUUACGAAUGUCCACGGGGGCAAGAGAGCUCCUUCUUAACAGGAGGUAAAUAUUUCUCCGUUUCCAAUUACGAAGUGUUUGGACUCCAGUGACUGACAACAAAAAGAUCAGGGAAGAUCUUUCACCAAUUAUAACUACUAGUAUUAGAUCUAGUAUAUUACGUCUUCCCCCGCCAAUUAAUUAUCUAAAUUUUUGAGUAUAUAAAUAAUUCUAUCAGGUGUGAAGGACAUUUUAUCAUGUAGCUUGUGGGUUACAGUAAAAUGUUAUAAAAAAAAUCUUUGCAGAGACCGAAAUUUAUCUUGAGUGAUCUUAAGUAAUGUUGACAGCCACGAGAACCUUAGUGGUUCAACCCCCUUUGAAGGUCGAACAAACAUCAAACAUGGCAAGCUAAAUUGAGGAUUGUGUAGUUAUUAAAAAAAAACGACUGAACUUUGUUUGAAUAAUCAGAACUUAGAAUUUAGUUUCACCUUUGUCUUCAUGCUUAUAAUUGAAUAAAGUGGCAUAUCAUAAUGGUCGCACUUUUGCAUAUGCUGUUGCAUUGGUUUGCUAGUUUUGCUUUCCAGUUGAAAAGAAGCAUUGACCCUUACGAGAAGGCUUUUCAGAAGCAUUUACGUUUCACAAUUGCAACCUUGCAGUAAUUUUGAUUAUGGAUUAGCCGCAUCUUCUUUCCUCCUUGAUAUCAUCCUCCGAAACAAUCCCAUCAACGCUCCCACAUCCCGUCUAACAUUUUCACCUAAGUUUCCGUUGCAAGAGGGAUGUCUACUCAAGAAGAAGGGGGAAACACUCCACCAUGUCUCGUGUCCCCCCUACACUUCUUUCGUGCUCUAGUCGCCUACCUGCUUGCUUUAGGGCAGAACGGGGCACAUUCAAGGCUUCUUUAUUAGUAGUAUUCCAUUAGUACGCGCUAAACGAUCCGAGCCUAGGUUUUGUUCUACUUUUGGAUCAAUAUCAGUAUCUGAGCAGCUGCCCACCUUUCCCUCCCCUAAAUCAACAACAGUCAAUUGACAACAAGUUAAGGUUAAUGCUGGGUUAGGGGAGGGGUAGGUGGACAGUUGCCCAGAUACUGAUAUUGACCCCUAUUUUUUAGGCUUGACUGUUAAAGCAACGAACUUCUAGGCGUAUCCAAUUUUUUACUAGUCAUAAAUACUCCAAUGGUUUCGCUUGUAUUGUUUUGGUCUUUCACUCGGCCAUACUCGAUCGAUAGUACUUUUAUUUGGACUGUAGGAUAUAUAUAUUUUAUAUAGCAAAUGAAAUAAUACUGAAGAAAAAAAUCCUUUGCCUAUUUCGGCUUUCUGUCCGGCUGAAGGUAUAAAUUUGACGGUUUUUACUCUUCCUUUUCUUCUUUUAACAAUGCCGUCUGAGUAUGUGAGAUUAUUCAAAUUGGGGUAGACAGUAUUGUUUGUAGAACAACAGGAAAAGACAACAGUUGUCAACUUUAUACUUUAUACUUUAUACUGUGUAACAGAAAACCGAUGGGGGUAAAGUGUUAACAUUAAAUCGGCGUAUUCACCACACUUACAUCAAUUAAAACUUAUCCAAGUUAUCGCAUGUAUAUAUUGCAUUUAACGUAGAGUUUUCUCGGAAAAUUCUAUGGAGCCAUUUCCAAGAUUAAAGAACCUAACCUCAAAUUAGCCUCCAAUAAACAUUAGUGUUGAAAAUGCUCUACAUUCGCGAUACCACUUUUUUCUUAUAGACACGAGGAAAUAAGUUCAAAUUUAGCACAAUACCUUAAAACAUGUUGAAAAUUUUUCCGACGGCAAAUGAAAAAUGUCUAAGGUGAGAUGCCUAAAAGACACCUCGGGGAAGGAAGCGACCGAUGAAAUAACAUUUUUACUUCAUUCUCGUUUGAAAUUUCCACCUGAAUGGCGAAGGAAAUGACCCAUUUAAAAAGUUGAACUGAGAGAAUUUCAGUGAACUCACUUUCACCAGCUUCAGCUGCCGGUUGAUUCUUUGCUUGAUUUGAAGGGCGCCAUUUAGCUUUUUUCGCACAAGGGCAGUCUUGUUCACGAUGGCUUUUCCACGAAAAAAAAGGGAUCGUUUUGAGGUCAAAAUAAGACCUUUUUGACUCGAUGGAGUAAUCGUCUGCACGCCGAGCGGACCUAUUUUGGAUGAAUUUCCUCAGAGACCUAGUCGAUAUUAUUUUGCACUGAACCGAAAGCUCAUUUUUGACCGAGCUUUUGUUAGUUUUACUUGACAGUCCUUUUUCAUACAGUGGACUCAAGACGGAGAUAUGAUCAUCCACAUGAGCUGAAAUGAAAAACAAAAAGACCGUUAGGAAUAGUAAAUAGAUAGCUUGCAGAAGACAUGCAUGACACAUGACAACAGGUCACAACAACAAUUAGCCUUGCACUUGGACUAUACCUACAUGCACUCGACUUCUGUUUUGAUAAAUGUGAGGCACAAAUAUCAAGGUUUACCGUAUUAUUUUUCUUUUUUCCAAACAAAAAUCACACAUACCUAAAAAAUUUUCAAUAUAUAUGAAAAUCCAAGGUGGUUUCAAUUACUUUCAGACUAAGAAAGAUUCACCGGCAGAGUUUGAAAGAAAUCGAUUCUAGGAUGCACCGAACCGCUUUUACAGAGAUUUUUGUCUUAAGGACAAAGUUAGCUUUUCUUUGAAAGAAGCUUAGUUCUCGAAAUAUUGCUUUGUUCGAUUUUGCCUUUCUUUUGUUCAUAACUUUAAAUCCGGAUAGGUAAUUACCUAAUUUAACUGACACAAUCGGGUCACAAGCCAAUGGUUCAAGGUUACAAUCGGGAUCACAAGCCAAUGGUUCAAUGAACCUUACUGUUAGAUUGCGAAAUACACACGUGUUUAAUUGUUACCUGUUUCGCAUAACAGAAACCUGUACGGAGAAAAUUUGGAGAGUGCUCAUGAGGCUAGAAGCUCGUGCUCUCCAUAUGAACCUUACUGCUUGCUUCAGAUUGCGAAAUACACACGUUAAGCUUGAAUCAAUUGUUACAUCUGUUUCGCAAUAACAGUCGAACCUGUAUAAACCGCUCAUCCAUACAGAUUGACAGCUUAAUACAAUGGGAGUCUUACAAAAUAAUAAAGAAACGCCACGUUUAGCCAUAAUUUACCUCUUAAUUUAAAAAAAAAUUGCUCAAUAAUCUUUCUAACAUUGAUUUUGGGAGGUAAACAUGGAUUAAACUUUAUGUGAAAGAUUAUUCCUAAUGUAAUUUGAGUGGGUAAUCUGUAAGGGAUCGUUAGAUUCCGUUAGAUACAAGUCGAAAACAGUAAAAAGAAACUGUCGGGCCUCAGCAAAGGGCGACUGCGACAGCGAAAUUGAGGUGAAAAUUGGGUAAUUGAGGGAAAAAAUUAUGGGACUUUUGCGAACCAACUGCUUUAAACAGGGUCACCGCACAGUACGGUGCCACUUCAUACAGUUAAGACUGUAAAUCACAAGCUUAGCCUAAAAAGAAUAGGCUGAUCAUCUCUUAUUAGGAGAAAAUAGUUUCGCUAAUUUAGUAACACACUUAAAAUUGGGUGAUGAUAGUUUUUGAUCAAAGCACAACUUCUCUCUCUUCUCUCUUGCGUGAAUUCUGCCUUAAGCAGGUGUUGGGUUACUGUAGCAACUGGCUUUUCUGGUAAGAAAUGUUGAAAUUACUUCCAAUGUAAUUACAAUAAUCUGUCCACUGAAGCAAUAUUAAGGCCUUUUUUCCAAGUCUUUGUACCAAGUUAUUAGAUUUGCUUUCGCAUAGAAGGAGACGAUCAGGAUUUUCUCGAGAAAAUUGGGAUUUUUUCGCCUUCAAUUCGCAACACUAAAAUUAGUGAGCAAAAAUUAAGUUUUCGAAAUGAUAUACGCUGAAUUGUAUAUUAAUUAAUACUCGUUUAGAAUUCAUGAACACUUGACUUUUGACGUAAAAAAGGCCAUAAAAACAAGCAAUUAAAAAUUUUGUUUAUCUUACCGUCUUUAAUUUUUACUCAGAGGAAUGUUUACGACUAAAUUUCAGACUACCAAGGUUAUAUAGCCUUUUUGAGAUAUCUCAAUCAAUCGAUAGUUGACGGAUCGUGAAAGUUGCGUGACUUUUGAGUUGUUUACAUUAAACCCUGGAAACACAGAAGAAAUAAGUUGAUUGCCAACUGCAAUUAAAAACAGGGUGAGCACGCAGUCUGCCAGACGAUUGCGACACUCUCCGUCUAUAAAUAUUCGAGUACACGUCUUUGAAUUAGCCACACAAAUGAGAAUCCUUUCUUACGCCACUGCUCUGGGUGUUGAUGACAAUUGCUAGGUGUGGGGUUGUAGAAAGAUUAUCUGAGCUCAGUUGUUUGGCAAGGAAAAAGUGAACAAAUAUACCUCAACUUGGAAGGUAAUAGACAGAACAUACAUCGAGCAAAGUGAAAGAUCUGUGUGAGUGCCAUUUGAUAUAUUAUGGUUUUUCACGAACAAAAUAGUGAUUUGCGAGCUUCGCGUGGGCUUUGUUAGUUGUCGACAACGUCGAUUAAACAAUGAACUUGUUUUGCCUACGAAUUUCGCAGUACUUUCGCUGUCAAAACUAUCUCGAACCUGAAUACGGAGAGUAGCGUUAAAUUAGAAAUUUAAAAAAUUACCCGUCGUCGGAGUCAUGUUCUCCAGACAGCGCAGAGUUGGGUCAUUUCACGUUGUUUUGCAGAGGACGCAAAGAUUUAUACCAUACGUGCACAGCCACUGUUCUGCUCAUAAACACUUUAGUCUAGUAACGUUCCAGUUGUCGUUGCCGUAGUGGUUUUCUUAACAUCCCUAAGAGUAACACUUAGGUGCCAACACUGUAGGAUUCGAUUUUGCUCCUCUUGCGAUAACCCAUAUCUCCAGUUUUAAUCUUCUUUUCGAAGGAAACCUGACCUGAAUUACAAUACUUUUACCCUAAGAACACAAGCCUACACCGGUUUUAAUCUUCUUUUCGAAGGAAACCUGACCCGAAUUACAAUACUUUUACCCUAAGGACGCACAAGCCUACACCGAAAAGCAAAUUCAAACGAAAAGUUCGCCGCCGGACUCGAACUUUCUGAAUUCUAAAUCGGUUUUGAAGAGCUUUUGAAGACUCGUUGUAGUUAGCCUAUCAAACUUCAAGCUUCACAAGCUUCAAAUGGAAUCAAUAUCAUGCAAAAGGCGAAAGUGAAAUUAAAUUACUCAUUCGCUGCCUUCGCUCAAGAGCAGAAAGAAUUGGUAUAUUUUGGAGCUUGGUAAUAAAUGCACAUGCAUAACCCAAAAUUAGUCAUGAAGAGGCACUUAUCGUGGAAUUCUACAGUUACUUUAUCGGAGAAAGAAUAACUUUUGUGAAGGUACGUUUUCCUAAGGCUGGAAACUACUAAAUUGCAAAUUGAAAAAAAAAAAUACUUUCAAUAUGUAAGUUGAGUCGUGGUGGGGCUCUCAAUUGUAAAAAUUUUUUUUAUCCCUAGCAUAAACCCCAAAACUAUUAGCUCAUAUCGUUCCCUCGGGACCAUAUAUCAAGUGUCUAAUAAUCACUUCUGUGUAUCAAGAAAUAGUGCAAGUACACGAUGCUAAAUGAUGCUGAAUUUUUUUAAUUCAAAUUUUAAAAUAAUUUUUGUAUGUUUUCCUUUUGGUAAGUCAAUAGAACCAAUUUCGAAGGAUUUAGCAAUGAAUGGUGGUAUGUAUUCGUCGACUGUAAAACUCAAUGUUGGCGGCCAUUACUUCACAACAAGUCUUCAAACACUGACCAAAGAUCCAGACUCAAUGCUGGCCGCCAUGUUUUCGGGAAAGUUUGAAAUGAGACCUUCUGAGGACGGCGCCUUCUUUAUCGACCGGGAUGGAACUCACUUUCGAUUUAUACUCAAUUACCUACGAACUGGGAAAUUGACUUUGCCGGAUGAAGAAACAAUUCUGAGGGAAAUCGAAGAAGAGGCUGAUUUCUACCAGAUAACAGGAAUUAUUAACGAGUUAAAAGAGCCAAGUUUUUUUGGAUCUUCACUUCAAGCAAACAAAUUUCCUGAACCAUUUCAGGAAUCCAAGAUCUUAACUUCUAUUGAGCAUUGCCGGGUGCUUCAAGCCUGGUUGCCUUCUUCGAGUAGGACCUGGGUCCUUCUGUACCGAGCUUCUCGCGAUGGGUCUUCGGCCGAAAGCUUUCAUUCCAAAUGUGACAACAAAGGACCCACUGUCACCAUUGUAAACAGCGUGAACAAUAUUUUCGGUGGAUUCACAGACAUGCCAUGGAUGAGUGGUAAGUCAGUUGCACUUGAAGAAUUUAUCAACUAACAUUUAUCCACUUCCUUACUGUAUCUUCACGUAUGACACAUCCACCAUUGCUGACCAAGUAGAAUUCGGAUCGCUCACUGGUACACGGCCUAUAAAAAACAUACCUGGCCAGUUCUUUGUAGUUGGUACAGCAUCUGACCGUUUACCUCUACAUUUUUUCAGGAGACAACUUUAAUAAAGCUUAAGUCUUCCUUACUUUCUGGUUCAUAAAUUUAAAUAAAAAGGAUUGGCAUAUAUAGUCUUUCGUUCUUGCACGAAUGUACGGCGUUGAUUCAGCAGAAAGCCUAGGCAAUAGCAUGAGUAUAUAAACAUUUUAUGACGAAACGUCGGUACAAACUUUAAUCAACAUGAAGGUGCCAUAGCUAACAAUACCUCUAAUAGAGUUUCUGAAACAAAAGUUACUUUUCUAGGUCGCGUCACGUGGGUCACACAAUCAAAAGCAUUCCUAUUCAGCAUGGUUAAUCCUCAUGGCCUGGGACCUACUAAAAUGCCGAUAAACAAAAUUCAUCUGAAAGGUUUUUACUGUGAUAGCAGCCUAGGACCCAAAUUUGGAGGACAGCGCGACCUGGAAAUCAUAUCAAGGGACGGAGAAGGAAAUAUAUCAGGUUUUAGCCAUCUCGGCCGAUCGUUUGACACUCCUCCAGGCCAGCAGGCGACAUUCCUGACGGGGAAAAAGAAAUUUAAAGUAACAGAUUACGAAGUGUUUGGAUUGCACGAGUGA